UUUGAGGUUAUGUUUACAUACAAUUUUGAAUUGUAAUCUUAUUUUUCCUUGAAUUUUUUAUUGAUGGUUUGAAAUGGAUUCGGACAAGAGCGACGAAGAAGACCAUGACACUAUCUCAAAACAAAUCGUCGAUUAUUACAAGAAAUAUUCACAAACUAAACACCUCCCUAAGUACUUUUCUGGCACUUCUUUGUCGUACAUGCCUCAAAUUGUUAAAGACGAUGAAAUUGUUGCAAAAUCUGAACCAAUUAUUGUAAUUGAGGACGCAAGUGGUGAAACAUUGAAAGACCAAGAACCCCCAACUGACUUGGAGGAAGUGGCGGAACCGAAACAGAAUUCUCCUACGAGUAGUAUUACGUCAAAUCGAAAACUAGAAUGGGACAAUGGGGCUGACAUUGGUUAUAGUAACUGUGACACAAAUACUAAAUUACACAAAAGUUUGUCCUUACCAAUUUUAAUAGAUGCUCCCGCUAGUAAAAUUAAGGAGAAAAAAACGUCAAAACCCAAGCUACAGAGUCAAAUUGUGACGGUAAUUUCAUACUCUAGUCCGGAGGAUAAAAAGAGCAGGUCUUCAUCUUCCUCAUCACAAAUUGAUGCUCGACAAAACGUACAUUCUUCAUCUUCUUCGUCUUCAUAUCCACUAGAGAAGCCUGUUGAAUCAACGACUAGUUCUAGUGGAAACAUCAACACAAAACUUGUAAGUUCUAACUCUAGUUCACAUGCAAACUCUAUUGCGUAUUUGAAAAAUAAAAUUGGUUCUCCUGAUGCUGAAUCAACCCCAAAAAUAAAUCAAGCAACUGGAAAAUUUUUACCUGAGACACCUUUUAUCCCGAGGGUCAAAAAAUCGGGCCCCAAACACAAAAUAAUUAAUUUGUGUAUCACUAAACCAAUUUUAAUUGAAUGUAAUGAUAGUAAGAAGAAGGGAACUGAUAAAAAAAUUCAGACUAGUGUCUCUGAGGGGCUGUCGAAGUGUGUUCAGACCGGGGACAGUUUAGAAAUCAUUACUGCUGAACAAAUUCCUGUUGAAAAUCAGAGUGUUAUUGUCGUAAAUUACGAGAGUGAUCCUAAGACAUCGAGCGAUGGGGGCCUUGUUGCGUCGCAUUGCGACAGUUUCGAGUAUUAUGGCGAAAAUUUGAAAAAUGGCGACUUUCUUAAAAGAAGUUCUCCGAAAUCGAAUCUGGUGUCAAGCGAUUCUUCCAAAGAUCUUCCAUUAAGUCAAUUAAUCACAGAGAAACAGUCACAAAGUUUGAUCGCGGAUAUUGACAAAAGUAUAAAACUUCUCCAAAAAUUGCUCAAAUCGAAAAAAUACGAUCCUGCCACAAAAAAACGCUACAUUAAAAAAAUUGUCGAUAAAAUUAUUGAUAGUAAAUACGACGACAGUACGACAAGUUCAGAGUUAUUUCUUCCGAAAAAACAACAAAAAUUGGAGGAAAACAUUCCGUGGUUUCCGCCUCAAAUGUCCAAAUUUACUGUAAAGACGUUCAGUGAGGAAUUUUUGCCGGUUGAAGACCAAAUAACGGUUCAGAAAAAGUCGGUUUUCACUGUGAGUCAAAACUCGUCAAGUGGUGGCACUGGAGAUAGUCUCGAGAAGCAACAAAAUUCAUCUGGGAGCUACCAUAGUUGGAAAGAGGAUAAAACCCUGUCUGAGAGACUCCACGAGGAGAAACAAAGAGGUCAAGGUGACCACCUUGUCAAAUUCGCGAUAAAAGAAAGACAACAUCAACUUUCAUGGAUCAAAGACGAAAUUUCUCAUUUGACUAAACUCAAAGGCCUUUUGGAGAAAAAAGUCCAAAAGACGACCACUGUUUAUAUGUUAUCGCAUCGUUACAAUAAGUCCGAUAAUAAUUAUUGCCCCUGUUCGGACUCGCAAGAGAGUACGAGUUCGAGGAAUUAUGUAAUUCAGACCGAAUUGUCUGCGAGUACUUCAUCUGAUAUUCCAAUUGAGUAUAAUAUUCGUGACAAGUUUGGAAACAGGAAUUAUCAAGUGAAUGAGUUGACAGAAAAGCCGGAACUAAGCGAUUUAUGUAGGAGGGUUGUGGGGGAUAUUGAAGUGGAGUCGGAUGGGAAAACCACAAACAUUAAAGUGAAAACGAGAAAACUCGACGGGGAGUUUAAACCUAAAGCUCCGAGUUUGGUUGGCACUGGGAAGUACGAGACGUAUCCGAGAAGUAAGGCCGAAGAGAGGAAAUGUUGGCCUUGUGGGGUUUCGAAAAAUGGGGGAAAACCAAAUUUUGAAGAAGAGGCGCCUCAGACCACUAAAGAAAUUUUGAUCGAAGUACCAUUGGACCAACUUCCCAGUAAGUCAUCUAAAGACUCCGAGGAGUUUACUCACAAAUGCACUUGCCGUUGCGAAUGCAUGGAAAUCGUGAAAAACAUCUACACUGAAAGUACUCAACGUACAAAAAUUGUAGACACCAAAAUGGAAGACAAAAAAAGUACAGCGACCACGUGUAAACCAUGCGUUACAAUCAAAGAGUGCCAAACACAAUCUGAUUCAGAUUUACUCAAAAUUGACUCUUCUGCGGUUAUCUGUAAAAAGAUUAUUGACAUUCAAGUUCAAACCGAUGAUGCCAAAUCGCAAACAGAUGCUGCAUGCAAGUCUGUGAAUCAACAAGUCCAGACUUCUGAGGGUCGUAAAUACGAUGUUGGAACUCAAUCACAAUCGCUGACUAGUUAUACGAAGAGUACAACUCCUCAAUCGGCUUCUGUUUCUUCAACUUCUGAAUCUUCUAGGAGUAAAAGUACGAGUGAGUCGAUGCAAUCUUGUGUCUGCUGCAAACGCAAAAAUGUAAAAGCAAAAAAUCUGUAUGAGUUGAGGAAGAGAUUGAGUAAUCAGGCGUAUCCUCUUUGUCGGCACUGUUAUCGACAGAAUCGACGGACAGCUUAUGCUCCGAAUUAUUACGCCAGUCCUGAGCAUAUUUGUAAUUGUUAUACAGUUGUUGAAACUAAAACACUGGACGAAAUUAAGAAAACUAUUAAUGACAUCAAUGAAUUGGAUGAACACUGUACAUGCACGAAAAACAAUGAUCGGAAAAAGUCAGAGUAUUGUAAAUAUUGUCAAUGCAAGUUGAAAAAAACUUCCAAAAAUAAAAAUGGCAUUGCAUACGUUUUGACUUUUGAUGAAACUCUGACUAGGGAGGAUAAAAAGAAAAAAAAGCAUAAGAAAAAACAGUCUCUGGAAGAAAUCAAAAUAAAGAUUCCUGUGCCGUAUAAAAAGAAACAUAAAGAUAAAGAAAAUAAAAGGAAAAAGGCCAGUACGGAGUAUGAGAGUGAAGCCAGUACUAGUGAAAACCAAAACCCCGGUUAUACGUUAAACGAAUAUUUGCGACAAAACCGACCCGAUUUUGUUGAAGACGCGGAAGGGAGAAGAAAGGCAGUUAAUAAUUCAAGAAUGCAACGUGAACAAAUGUCUGAUAAUAACAAGCUGACGUUUUUAAAAAAAUGCCAGGAAGAGAGUGCAAAAAAUCCCAAACGAUUAUUUUCCGCUAAAGAGAUGAAGGAUAUAAACAAGAGAAAUUAUAAAAAAUUGCCAGAAGUUCAACAAAAGUUAUUAGAUAAUAGGGAAAAAAAGUUGCGACAAGCUAGCCGACUAAUGGCGGAUACUUUUAACAGGGUGAAAGUUGAGGGAGAAUGUUCUAAAAGGAAAAAGGGAUUUGCCCACUGAUGUCAAUGUGAUUAAUUUAUGAUUUUUGUGUAAUUUAAAAAUAUUUUUCUACUGGACAAGAUUUGAAAAUAAAGUACAAAUUUUGUUAAGAAAGUUUGCGUUUCAUUUGU